GAUGACGAGGCAUUUGGCUACCUUAAGAGAGUCAUAGUUACUCCCGCCGUUUACCCGCGCUUGUUUGAAUCUCUUCAUCUUGACAUUCAGAGCACUGGGCAGAAAUCACAAAUCGUCAACACGCCUUUCGCGCCAUCGAUUUGCUAUGUUUUAAUUAGACAGUCAGAUUCCCCUUGUCCGUACCAGUUCAUAGUUGACAGUUGA